UGGAGUCAGGAGUCUCUGUGCACUCACUGCCUUGUCUGCAGGCGCAGCCCCUGGCCAAUGGGAGCUGCAGAGCCAGUGCUUGGGGUGGGGGCAGCAUGUGGAGCCCCCUGGCUGCCCCUACACGUAGGCGCCAAAGCGGGGACACACAUACACAUUUUAUUUGGUUAGAAAGCUUUCUCUGAUCUUUGCAUGUAUGUAUAUAUACAACACAACUUUGUGCAGUGUUUUACAGUGUAAUGAGAAUUCAUGUCUGAUCUUGAGCAAUGCUGAAACCUACAGCCACUGUCUUUGCAUUGGAUAAUUUAUUUUUUGAAAGACCAGAUGCAAAUCAAAACAGAUAUUUAGAACAUGAAGAGCCAAAAAAUUGGUAUCUUGCACCUGCUCCAUCUGUUACUGGAAUUCCAACCACUCAAGAGUUACAGAAGGAAUGGGAAAAAAAUAACUGUCUAGAUGGAAAAGAAGUUAAAGUACAGUCAUUUCCUGAUGCUUCAAAGACUUUUGGCGUGGAAGGAACUGUAGAAAAAGAUUUGGGGUUUUUGAGGGCUGUUACAGAAAUCCCUGCUCAGUUUAGAAAUAUUUUCAAGGAAUUCCCAUAUUUUAACUACAUACAGUCCAAGGCUUUGGAUGAUAUUCUUUACACAGAUAGGAACUUUGUGAUUUGUGCUCCGACUGGUUCUGGAAAAACUGUAAUGUUCGAACUAGCUAUUACAAGGUUACUAAUAGAAGUGCCGAUGCCUUGGUUAAAUAUUAAAAUUGUCUAUAUGGCUCCAAUAAAAGCUCUGUGCAGUCAGCGUUUUAAUGAUUGGAAAGAUAAAUUUGGACCUAUAGGGCUCAGCUGUAAAGAACUGACAGGAGACACAGUGAUGGAUGAUUUAUUUGAAAUACAACAUGCUCACAUUAUUAUGACCACACCAGGAACCAAAGGGAAGCCACAAGAGCAGUCAUGCGAUCUCCCCAGCAGUAUGUUUCGGGUGCCCAGGGCAGCCGGCAGAGAGGAAAAAUGGGAUAGCAUGACUAGAAAAUGGAGAGACAACUCUUUAGUCCAACUGGUACGACUGUUCCUCAUUGAUGAGGUACAUGUUGUGAAAGACGAAAGCCGUGGUGCAACACUUGAGGUUGUAGUCAGUCGGAUGAAGACUAUACAGUCUUCCCUUUCGCGUAUCUCAGAGAAUCCUGACAUGCUUACUCCCAUGAGAUUUGUGGCUGUUUCUGCAACAAUCCCAAAUGCUGAGGAUAUUGCAGAAUGGCUUUCAGAUGGUAUGAGACCUGCUGUAUGUCUGAAAAUAGAUGAAAGGCAUCGACCUGUGAAGCUUCGCAAAAUAGUUCUUGGAUUUCCCUGCAGUAUCAACCAAACAGAAUUCAAAUUUGACUUAACACUUAACUACAAAAUAGCUAGUGUUAUACAAACAUACUCUGAACAAAAACCAACCCUUGUGUUUUGUGCCACAAGAAAAGGAGUACAGCAGGCUGCUUCAGUUCUUGCAAAAGAUGCUAAAUUUAUUAUGACUAUGGAACAGAAACAAAGAUUACAAAAGUGUGCAAAUUCAACAAAAGAUACCAAAGUGAGAGAUCUUUUAAUGUGUGGUGUGGCUUAUCAUCAUGCUGGUAUGGAGAUAUCUGAUAGAAAAAUAAUUGAAGGAGCUUUUACUAUGGGAGACUUACCAGUACUUUUUACUACUAGUACCUUAGCUAUGGGAGUAAAUUUACCUGCACAUCUGGUAAUUAUAAAAUCUACAAUGCACUAUGUUGGAGGAAUGUUUCAAGAGUACAGUGAAACAGAUAUUCUGCAAAUGAUUGGGAGAGCAGGGAGGCCUCAAUUUGACACUACCGCUACAGCAGUUAUCUUGACUAGGUUAAGUACGAGAGAGAAAUAUGUACAGCUGUUAAAUGGUGCAGAUACAAUAGAAAGCAGUUUGCACAAACAUCUUGUUGAGCAUUUAAAUGCAGAAAUAGUGUUGCACACCAUCACAGAUGUGAAAAUAGCUUUGGAAUGGAUACGAUCAACUUUCCUAUACAUCCGAGUUUUGAAAAAUCCAGUUCAUUAUGGUUUUUCAUGUGGAUUAGACACAGUUGGAAUUGAAGCAAAAUUACAAGAAUUGUGUUUGAAGAAUUUGAACGAUUUGUCAUCUCUUGAUUUGAUCAAGAUGGAUGAAGAAUUUAAUUUCAAAACUACAGAGACUGGAAAACUAAUGGCUUGGUACUAUAUUGCAUUUGAUACAGUGAAACAGUUUUCCACAAUUAAUGGAACAGAAACUUUAUCAGAACUGAUCACAAUGAUAUCCAGCUGCAUUGAAUUUUCAGAUGUCAAGUUAAGAACAAAUGAGAAGAAAAUAUUGAACACUUUGAAUAAAGACAAGAACAGGAUAACUAUCAGGUUUCCAAUGGAAGGGAAGAUAAAAACAAGAGAAAUGAAAGUAAACUGUCUUAUUCAGGCUCAAUUAGGAUGCAUUCCUAUUCAAGACUUCACUUUGACACAAGAUAUAGGCAAAAUUUUCAGACAUGGCUUAAGAGUUACUAAAUGGUUGUCUGACUUUCUGGCAUCACGUAAAAACAAUUUUCCUGCAUUAUUAAACUCUUUGAUUUUAGCUAAAUGUUUCAGGUGCAAACUGUGGGAAAACUCUCUGCAUGUAUCCAAACAGCUUGAAAAAAUUGGUGUAACACUGUCAAAUGCAAUGGUAAAUGCAGGUCUGACAUCGUUUAAAAAAAUUGAAGAUGCAAAUACAAGGGAACUUGAAUUGAUUUUAAACAGACAUCCUCCUUUUGGAAACCAAAUAAAAGAAUCUGUGCUACACCUGCCAAAAUAUGAACUUGGCAUUGAACAGCUUGCAAAAUAUAAUGAUACAGUGGCUGAAAUCUUAGUGACCAUCAUAUUAACAAACUUUGAACAACUUCAGAUUAAGAGAACUGCACCAGAUUUUCACUAUGUAACCUUACUCAUAGGAGAUGCUGAUAAUCAAGUGGUUUUUAAACAGAAAAUUAUGGAUUCUGUCUUGCUGAAAAAUGGAAAUUGGACUAAAAAAAUUGAAGUGAAAAGAGCUCUUAAAUCUGAGGAACUUAGUAUAAAUUUAAUUAGCUCUGAAUAUGUUGGGGUGGAUAUUCAGCAAAACUAUACAGCCUUUUACUUAGGACCAAAAAGGUUUGGAAAUGAAGUGGUUUUACAAAGAAAAUUAGAAGCUGAGUCUUCACCUAUGUAUCAUGCCUCUUCAAUAAGAUCAACAGGAGCGAGAAAGGAUACAGGAGGUGCCUGUAACCGAGAGACCGCCUACAUGAAACUUGGGAACAGAGAAUGCAGCCAUCACUGUAAAAAUAAAGAUGUAUGUGGACACGACUGCUGUAAAAUUGGAGUUUCACAGAAAUCUGAGUUAAAGAGAGAUUCAAAGUUUUCUUCAUACCUAGCUGAUUUAAGGAACAGAAAUGCAAUUUCAUCAGUUCCCCCAGUCAAACGACUAAAGAUGCAGAUACAGUUAAAUAAAUCUCAAAAUGUGGAUCUGAAACCAUUUGUUUUUACACCGAAAUCUUUGCUGCCAGCAUUACCAAGGUCUGACUACACACAGUCUUCUGCCUCAGCUUCACGAGAACACUGGAAUAAUGUUAACAUCCUUGGUAGACCUCAGAACCAACUGCAAUCAGAGAGUUAUGAAAAGAGUGAUUUCUCUUGGGAACAUUCUGUGACUGUAAGUGAGGAGAGCCAUCAGACAAUGACGUCAAAGAAAAAUUUUAAAGAAUCUUUAAUGCAGCAUUUGACUAAUGCAGAUAAAAGCAGCUCUUGGUUUUCAGAGGCUUUGAAUGUGAACUUUGAAUUGGGAGAUGAAGUUUGGGAUGAUUUUGAUGAUGACAAAUUAGUACAUGCUAGCAGCUUUUUCACUGGUGUGGAGAGUAGAGAAGAUUUAGGAUCUGGAAACACCUACUUUCAAAGUACAAUAGAAUGUAAACCACUGUUCCAGAAUUCAGAGAGCAAAGUAACAAGUGACAUUUCAAAAAAUUUUUGCCUGUUACGAGAUAAGUCUGAUGUUCGUCUACAAAAUUCUGCCUCUUCCACAUUAAAAUCACCAUCAGAAAAGAAAUUAUCUGUACAAUAUGGAAAUACAAGUACUUUCAGCUUCCAAAAAAGAAAACAUCCAAAUCCUCCACAAAAGUUGAAAAACAGAGAGUUUUCUCCAAACUCAGAAAUAAUCUCAGGUUCUUCUCAAUUCAUUGGAAAGGAGAAUUUUUUUAUUUGCAACAAAGAAAGGAAAAAAGAAAUUGAUGUCAGAUCUCUUUCAGAUGAUGAAACCAAUGAUGUUAAGCCUUUUCUUGGAAUAUUUGAUGGCAUUUUCUAAAACAUAAACAAGAUAUAUUGUAAGUGCUGAAACAUAUUACACUCUCAUUUCCAGAAUGAAAACUUUAAAUAUAGU